UAUCCACAAUGGUGCAAUCUUUGGCCCUCUUUUUUUCUGCUGUAUUGUAAUUUGUGAUUUAUGUAGGCAGGCACGCAGUGUCUACCAUUACCAAUCUUUGGGAUGUUCGGACGCUGCGUCCUUGGCAGAUAGGUAGGCAGGCACGUAUAUUUACAGGGUUUCCGAUCUAUUUUUCCCGCCCCGUCGCUGGCCGUUUGGCGCACUCCGAUCCUGUCAUAUGCCUUUGCGGACCCGCCGACAGAUCUAACGACAUUUGAUGUUCUUGAGCGUCGCAGCCUCUGGCACCCCCCUUUGCGACUUUUGCUAGACCUCCGGUAAGGUCGAACAACUUGCUGCUAUAGUGCAAGCCCGCCGCAAUGGUCGAAUCGACAGUUCCCCGCCAAAAGUGGUGGAAGAUACAAUGGUAUUCAGACGACGACACGCCCGAGGAGCGUCGCUUCAUCAUCAAGCUCGACAUGGUCGUCGUGCCCUACGCCGUCCUGGCCUACUGGGUAAAAUACAUUGACCAAGCGAAUCUCAACAACGCCUAUGUCGCCGGCAUGAAGGAGGAGCUCAACUUCCAGGGCAACGAGCUUGUUCAAUUGCAGACCAUGUAUACGAUUGGAGCGGUCGUGGGGAUGGUUCCGUUCAUGUUUCUGUUCACCUACAUUCCUAUGUACUGGUCCAUCCCGUUCAUGGAUAUCAUGUGGGGUCUUUUUACCCUGCUUCAAUACCGCGCCCAUAGCUUUGGCGAGAUGGCUGCGUACCGUUUCCUGGUUGGAUUUUUCGAAGCCGCCUUCUUCCCGGCGAUGCAUUACGUUUUUGGUUCCUGGUACCGGGGGCACGAGAUUGCGCGCCGCGGUGGGCUGUUCUAUACCGGCCUGAACUUGGGUACCCUGACUGCAGGACUCGUGGCUGCAGGUGCCUCGCAUCGCCUGGAAGGUGUCAAUGGGCUCUCUGGCUGGCGAUGGAUGUACAUCAUCUGCGCACUCAUCACAUUCCCCGUCGGUAUACUCGGCUACUUCCUCCUACCCGGCACCAUAGAACAACCCAAUCGCUGGAUCCUCAACGACAAGGACAUACAGAUUGGCAAGGAUCGCCUCGAGCGCAACGGCCACGUCACGGCAGGCAAGUUCAAGGUCGGGAACCUGAAAAAGAUUCUUUUCAGCCCACGGUUCUGGACCGUCGUUCUCGUCGACAUCCUCUUUUGGAACGCUGGCAUCCACAAAACAACGGGUAGCUUUCUUCUCUGGAUCAAGAGCCUGGGGCGCUACAGCCCUGCGCAGAUCAACGAGCUGGGAACCAUCGCCCCGGCCCUCGGCAUCCUGUAUAACCUGGUGGCCUGCUUCGCCUCGGAUCUUAUACUCGGUCCGGCCUGGGCCAUUACGGCGUCCUCACUGCUGAACGCUUCCGGUCUCGUGAUUCUCGUCAUCUGGAACGUGCCCGAGGCCGCAAUGUGGUAUGGGUUUUCCACCAUGUACUGGGCGAAUGCACUGUCGAGCGUCCUGCACGGUUGGGUCAAUACGCUGUUGCGCGAUUCGCCAGAGGAGCGGUCUUUUACCCUCGUCGUCAUUACCAUUAUCGCCCAGUCCUCCACCGCCUGGACUCCUUUGCUCACUUUCCCCACCGUCGAGAGCCCGCGAUUCCCCAAGGGGUUCAGCUUCUGCCUGGCUUGCGCCUUGGCGUUGGUGGUGGCGACUCAUGUGCUUGAUGUUUAUCUCAAACGACAAGAAGCGUACAAAUCGCAAGUUACCGCCAGCGGGGAGGAUGCGCAGAGUGACGGAGCAUCGAGCGAAGGAACUCCUGGCGCGAAAGUAAUUGUGGGAAAGGAUGUAAAGUAACUGGCAACAGUUACAAGGCCGAGUAACCCCGAAUCAUAAUGGAGGAUAUUAUAUGCUACGAAUUUAGAGGCAUCAAAUCCCAUAAAACCGUACACCACAGAAAAAUUUACUUUUUUUAUCUCAGAUGUUGGUUCAUAAGCAGACAUGUUGGUGGGGCAGGUAUUGUGGAUCUGGCAUGUUAUCCCUGAGGUGAGGCUUGGGAAUAUCACAAGUGGAGGCCAGCUUACUACGAAAAUGAACCUUAAAACUUGCC